UAUAAUCUGAAAAGAAAACCUUUCCAAAUUUGGCCUUGAAUUGUUCAGGAAAUGAUAAUAUUGGAGCUCUGUUGAAACACACAAAAUAUGCUGCAAUAAUUAAAGCAUGUGUGUAGACCUACUUGAACAGAGGAAACACUUGGUUCACCUGCUAUUUGUGCUCUUCCAAAUUGGCUGCCACUUCGGCCUGGUUGUUUGAUGUUGCCAGGCAACGUYACAACGCUGCAGAAAAAUAAAUAAAUAAAACAAAGGAGAUGAAGGGGAAAGAGGAGACGGGAGACCCGAAACGAUAAGCCAAAGAGGUCAGUCGGUGCAUCUGAAAUAUUUCUGUUCUGAUUUCUAUUCUACUUUAUUAAUAUAAAACCUUUUAAUCUUUUAAAGUGUUCAGUUUGUGUUGGGUCGAGUGUCUCUGUGACCUAAAACAACUGAGAAUAAUCACUUCACUGUCUUUACUGCACGAGCUGCUGCUUUGGCAGUGACUGUAAGAGAGAUGGGGUCAGAGUCUGUGAAGGUGGUGGUCAGGUGCAGGCCCCUGAAUGACCGGGAGAAGUCUCUGAACUCCAAGACGGUGCUGACCAUGGAACAGGACCGCUGCCAGUGCUUCAUUGAAAAACCCGGAGYGGUGGACGAGCCGCCGAAGCAGUUCACCUUCGAUGGAGCCUAUUAUAUCGAUCAAACCACGGAACAGCUGUACAACGAGAUCGCCUACGCUUUGGUUGAGAUCCAGCUGGCCAGGACCAUCUGCGAGCAGGAAAACUAAACCUCGUGGACCUUGCGGGAAGUGAGCGUCAGUCCAAAACCGGCGCUACCGGGGAGCGACUCCGCGAGGCCACGAAGAUCAAUCUCUCCCUCUCGGCUCUGGGCAACGUCAUCUCCGCCCUGGUGGACGGCCGCUCCAAAUACAUCCCCUACCGGGACUCGAAGCUGACCCGGCUGCUGCAGGACUCUCUGGGAGGAAACACCCGCACCUUGAUGAUCGCCUGCCUCUCACCGGCAGAUAACAACUACGAGGAAAGCCUCAGCACGCUGCGGUACGCGAACCGGGCCAAGAGCAUCCAGAACAGGCCCCGAAUCAACGAGGACCCCAAGGAUGCUCUGCUCCGAGAGUAUCGGGAAGAGAUCAAGAAGCUGAGGGCACUCGUCUCUGGGCAGCUGGGCACCAUUGACCUCUCAUCUCUGCUGGCUGGUCAGUCCUCAGAUGAUCUUUGGAUAAAACCCAGCUCUAUGGAAACGAAGAAAGAACAGAUUAAAGAGGAGUAUGAAGAGAAACUGGCAAAGCUGCAGGCUGAGUACAACGCAGAGCAGGAGUCCAGAGCGAAGCUGCAGGAGGAUAUUGCUGCCCUGAGGAGUUCCUAUGAAUCCAUGCUGUCUGAUCUGGAGAAGACCCAAGCCAACAGAGGGCGCUGCGUCCCUGAGAACAUGAGUUCCAGCUGUUUAAGUCAGGCUGCUAAGGAGGGUCCCCCACUCUGUACCACUGGAGCCACACCCCCAACAAAGCUGAGCCAGCCUGCUGUGUCUUCUGCUGCUGUCCAAAACCAUCCAGAUGGGGAGGGGCUCACACAGUCAGCUGGUAUCAACACAGCUGGGGCUCUGGACCAGAAACAUGUUCUGGAAAGAUUGCAGCAGCUGGAGCAGGAGGUCAUAGGAGGAGAACAGGCCAGGAACUCAGAGUUACAGCAGAGACAACAGCAGAGGAAAAACUUAGCAGAUCAAAGAAAAGCUCAGCUCAUAAACGCUCUGUCAGAAGACACAGAGGAGAGUGAGAAUGUGAUGCUGGAUGUCUACAAUUCAAUUCAGGACCAGGUUCAUGUCAAAAACCAGAUGCUGGUCAAAGUCCAGGGUAAGCUGAAAGCAGCCAGACUGGAGAUCCGGGACCUGCAGGCAGAGUUCGAGGUGGAGAGGAACGACUAUUUGGCAACCAUUCGCCGUCUUGRGAGGGAGGGCCAGCUGCUGAACGGUCUGCUUCAGCGUAUGGUGCCGUUGGUGCGCCGCGACUGCAACUACAGCAACCUGGACCGCCUGAAAAAAGAAGCUGUCUGGGAUGAGGACAGCAUCACCUGGAAGCUGCCUGAUGUGACGAUGCAAAAAACAACUCUGCCUUCAGCUGUACCUCCAAAGUCUUUAACUCGCAAAGAUUCAGGUUUUGAUGUUGCAGAGCAGUUUAUGGUGGAAGAGGACCGGUACAAAGAGAUGCUGGAUCGAAGCGACAGCGAGAACAUCGCCAGCAGCUACUUCAAGUCAAAGAGAGCCACUCAGCUGCUGGGUGUCGAUGUCACCAAGGGACACGCCCACCUCACUGUGAGCGGGUCCAACAUGAGCCCCCCCAUCAGAUCAGACCUCGUCCUCCCUCGCCCUUUUCGCUUGGAGUCCCUGGACGUCCCGGUGUCCAAUGGGAAGGYAAAGCGCAAAAAAAGCAAGUCUCAUAUUCCACAGUGAAGAGACUUUUAACAGACUUGCACACGACAUGCUCCAAACCCAUCUCUUCAUGUUUCUGACUAUAUUUUCUUUUAAAUGAAAGCUACUAUUGUUAAAGGGGCAAAAAAAAUAUGUGUUUCCCAUCCAUAUAUUGAAAUUCAAUACCAUAAUAAAGGAACUAUGYCACCUUUAGUUGUUAUUAAAAUGCUUUUUUUAUGUUUAAAUCAAAAAUAAACUUGACUCCUCAUCA